AAGUUCUUGAAAGAACAACUGGAUAAAGAUGAACGUUUCAAAGUUACGAAAAUAUGGAAUCGUUCAAAUGAAUCUGCUGAUCCCUCGAUAUUACCGUUGAUCGAUCUUGAUAUCGAAAAUCUUUCAUGUGUUGAUAUGGUCAUUGAAGUUGCUCAUCCAUCGAUUGUUACUAAUUUUGGUGUACUUAUCCUGAAAUAUGCAGACUUCUUCGUUGGUUCUUCAACGGCUCUCGCCGAUGCUGCCUUAUACGAGACUUUGAAGCAUGCUGUUCAAGUGAACAAGCGGCGUUUGUUCAUACCGUCAGGUUCAUUUUGGGGCGCUGACGAUAUCCAAAAAAUGGCUAAUUUAGGAACAAUUAAAGGACUAACAAUUACAAUGAUCAAACACCCGAGCUCGUUGCGACUCGAAGGACCCUUGCAGGAACUUAACGAGAAAGCGAAACUCAGUGAUUCAGCUGUUGUUCUGUAUGAUGGUUCGUUAUGUUUGCAAAAACUACAUCGCUAUGCAACUGAAAGUUUUCCGAUUUCAGUUUGUAAAUUAGUGCACAACUGGGAUAUUUCGACAGUAAGUGUUUUAUUGGAAAUAAAAUCCAUUUUAUUUUCAUGGCCUGUUCGAGCGUUAUGUUCACUGGCACCAAACAAUGUGAAUGUAAUGGCCAGUGCCUCAAUUGCGGCGCAUACACUCGGUUUUGAUUUAGUUCGUGCCAAACUGAUAUCUGAUCCGAGUCUCUCUUCAUGGCACAUUGUCGAGAUUGAUGUGGAGGGACCGGAUGGCUUCCGUGUGCGCACAAGACGAGAAAAUCCCGCGAAGCCAGGGGCUCUAGCCGGAUCUUUAACUCAUCAAGCUUUUUUGUCUUGUGUGCAAAGUGAGUCUGACUGGCCAGUACCACUCGCCUCGUUCACCAGUUGUUUUCACUACGUUCAUCACAAUUCCUCGCACUCGAAAAAGCAUCUUUAUAUAGCUGUUUGA